AGCUCCUGCAAGGGAAGGUGACAUGCAGGGUGUCCCAGUUGCAGCUGCGCCCCUCUACGGGUACGGAGCGAGGGAAAAUGAUCGGGAGUAUGUGGAAAGGAGGGUGGAUUUUAAUUCUCCGCUUUUCAAGCCUGAGACUGGAUUCCCAUUUGGGAGAACCCUGCGCGACUCUCUCUACUUUACAGACAACGGACAAAUCAUUUUCCCAUCCUCGGACAACAGCAUCUUCACGUACCCCAACCCUCCUCCCAGUGGCUUCAACGGCCACGAAGAAGUUCCCAUGAUCGCCGUGUUUUGGGACAAUGCUGACUUCUCCAGAGGUGUUGGCACCACCUUUUACCAGGAGUUCCACACCCUCAACACGGCCAAGCCUCCGUUCGUCCGUGACGUGGAAGCAAAGAUUCGGCGGUACCUGAGGUCCUCCUACUCUGCAGCCUGGACCCUGAAGAUCACCUGGGAGAAGGCACCUGCCUAUGCAGCACGGACUGACACACGGAGGACGAACACGUACCAGGCCGUCCUGACCACUGAUGGUUUCAGGUCCUACGUCCUGAUGCUGUACCAGGAGGGAGGCAUGCAGUGGGAUUACACCAGGCUGGCUGCCACCAACGUGCUCAUCGGUUACACCAGUGGGGAUGGCUUUUACCGCAACGACGACUUGACUCAGAGACCUCCAGCUGCUAAAUAUCGCCCUGACCAGUUCAGGGGCUACAACACAGACCUCCGCGGGAUGUGGAUUUACAAGCUGGAGAACCGUGUGGGUGCCAACUACCGGCUGAAGUGCCUGGCGUGGACGGGGCGGCAGCAGGACCCACGGACAUGGAGCCAGGACCUGCCCGCCUGCCCCUGCUCCCUGCAGCAAGGCCAGCAGGACCCGCGCUUCAAGAGCAGCCGUGGAGGCUGGUGGGCCGCCCGUGUCUCCAUGCUGCACUCCUCCUCCCCCAACCGGCACGGCGCCGGCGUCCGCUGCCUGUACAACAGCCAGAACCAGCUCAUCGAGGGGCGGCAGGAGAGGUACUGGAGGUCCUCCAGGCAGGCGUCCCCUUACCGAGACCAGGAGCUGAAGUUGUACGACUGGUGCUGUAACCAGGCGGGCAGCGCCAGCAUCUGCGCCCACUACAACGAGAAGAGACCAAAGAUUGGCUGUGAUGGAUACCAGCCACCUGGCAUGGGAGGUUCCUCGGAGGAGGCGGAUGGUGACUCGGAGGAGCAGAUAGACGAAGAGGACAAGUAACUGGGGGGGUUGCACACCUGCAGCACAGUCUGGGCCACAGCUGAUCCUCUGAGUCCUUUGCUCCUGCUCAUCUCCUGCGUCCCCCUGCUUCCCCCAGCACCCAUCACCCCUGCCCACCAUGCAGGGCAGCUCACUCGGCCACUGCCUGUGGUUGCCUUCACGGGCACAAGUUCACGUUUCUAUCCAGACUUGUCUCAAGGAGCACAUUUUUUUAGUUUCCCUUUCCCAGCUGUGGCUGAGCAGGUGCCCAUGGGCACCUACUCACUGGCUGGGAGGAGGGCAGGUACCCCCCACCCCACAGACCACCUCCUGUUCUCCCUAAAACCUGCUGCGCCUCCCACCCUGUGGGGUGAGGCUGGACUCCUGGCACCCGGGAAAAGGGUUUUUGCACCUCACGUGGGUUGACUGCAGCCAAGCCCCUGCAUGCUGUGGUGCACCAGGCUUGCCCUGUGAGCUGGUCCUAUCUUGUCCCACACUUCUGUCCCCCAUCCAUCCCUCCUCAGAUGGUCCCCAGGCUCUGGGUUCAGGAGAAAGGGCAAUUCUCCGGAUCAAGCCAGAACCAGCUUGAUGCUUUUGCUGGGUGUGCAAGGGCAAAACGCAACCACAUCAUCAGAAACUGUGGGAGAAAAAUAAUUUUUUUGUGUAUAAGAGAACAUCUGCCUUUCUUAAAAAAAA